AAACGCGUCUCCCAAUCCACUUAUUGUAGUACUGGUGACUUGCAAGCAACACUCUGACUAUUGUCGCUCUCCAAUCGUUAUAGAAGAGCAAGACGACUCACAGGACAAGAUGACCGACUCGAAGGAAAACCUCAACGCGGCAUUCGACCCUACAGGCACCGGCCUCUCGCCAGACAUCCUCGGCGUCCUCGAGUCGACUUCGCGCCUGCACUCUCUGACCGCGGACGAACUGUUCAUAAAAUGGGAAGUCUACUGCCUGAAGAUGGGCAGCGAGGAGACGCGGCUCGAUCUAGAAACGGCGCGGAUGUUCGCGAAGGAUGUGCAAGACGGUGUCGAGCGAGGCGAGGUCUAUAAUAAAGCACAGCUUGCGCCCAAGUCGGAGAGGAAGGGUGCCGUGCAUGCUACGCCUCGUGCUGGGGCGGCGGGAGGGGUCUUCGGGAUGCUCGACGAACUCACGCCGAAUGCUAUCCCACGACGCAAUGGCAGUGUCAAGAGGAAAGCGGACUUUGACUCGCCUGUGCCAAAUAAGAAAGUCAGUCGGACGGAUACGAAGACACCAGCGAAGAAGACGGAUGGACCUGCGGGGAUUCCAUUUCCCGAACGCCAGAACGCAGGACAAGUCGUCGAGACGCUGAACGAACACCUUCCCGCCGCAGGAGCACCGAUGGCUCCGUUCUCAGAUGCGCGAUUCCGCUUGAUUUCGAGAACGGACUUCAAAAAGUUCACAUACAAGCCCAUGUCGAUGCGGUUGUCAGACGCUUCGGAAAUCCUGGACGAGCGAAUCGAUGAUUUUCUAGCGCUGGUCCAAAAACAUCAUAACCUUGAGGACUCGGCGUUCGGAAACGCUGCGGCACAGAGUACAAGCGAGAUCAUUGCCGUGGGGAGGAUCGCGUCAGACACACCGGAAGGCAAACUCAACUCUGCGUCGCUCGUGCUGGAGAUGUCAAGACGGAUGGGCGCGGGACUGCGUGUGCCAUUGAAAGUCGACGCAUUGCCAGCAUAUCAAUUCUUCCCUGGUCAAAUCGUCGCGCUGAAAGGCACGAAUGCGUCUGGACUCUAUUUCACGGUCAAAGAAGUGCUCUCCGUGCCGAAAUUGCCUAUGCCGUCGUCGCUACCGAGCGAGAUCACCACGAUCAACGACAGACUCGAGGACUCUACGUCGUUACCCCUGAACGUCAUGAUCGCUUCUGGACCGUACACUGCGGACGAUAACCUCGAUUUCGAGCCGUUUCAAGCUAUCUGCGAAAAGGCCGCGGAGAACAUGGCGGACGCCCUGAUCCUGAGCGGACCUUUCCUUGACAUCGAACAUCCUAUGCUUGCGAGUGGGGAUUUCGAUAUCCCAGAAGUGCGAGGCCUGGAUCAAGAAGCUAGCAUGGCAGCAUUAUUUCGGGUUUGGAUAUCCGGACCGAUACAACGACUCUGCUCAGCUGUGCCGAGCAUCACUGUUAUCAUGAUCCCAAGUGUGCGCGACGUGAUCAGCAAGCAUGUCAGCUGGCCGCAGGAGCGACUGGUUAAGAAAGAUCUCCACCUGCCCAAACAAGUUACCAUGCUACCAAAUCCGUGUUUUGUGUCCUUGAACGAAGUGGUCUUUGCCAUUUCGUCACAAGAUGUCCUGUACGAACUCAGUCGGGAGCAGUUGUCUCAUGGCGCCGGGCCGGAUCUUUUGACAAGGCUGCCUGGGUAUCUGAUCGAGCAGAGACACUUCUUCCCCCUUUUCCCGCCCAUGUCGAGAGACAAAUUGUCGAGUAAUGGCGUGGUCAAGGCGACUGGGGCGUGUUUGGAUAUGGGUUUUAUGAAGCUCGGUGAAUGGAUGCAAGUCAAACCAGACAUUCUGGUCGUGCCGAGCAUGUUGACGCCUUCUGUCAAGGUCGUCGAUAGCGUCAUGGUGAUCAAUCCUGGACAAUUGUCCAAGCGGAAAGCCGCCGGGACGUACUCACAGAUUUCUCUGCAGCCGCGGAUCGUGGCCAAGGACGAGUCGUCGGCGAGAACUCUGCCUCAUAAUGUGUUCGAGCGUGCUAGGGUGGAUGUCGUGAGGAUAUAGAAAGACAAUGUGUCGUAGUCCCUGAAAGAGCAUAAUGGAUA